AGGACGCUUCCCCGCCGUUAUGGAGGAGGAGAAGCUGCUGGUGCUCCGGCUGCAGCCCCAGGACCUGGUGUGCACCGUCUGCUUCAGCUACUACGUGCACCCCAGCACCCUGCCCUGCGGCCACACCUUCUGCAGGGGCUGCCUAGAGAAGUACUGGGCGGACGACGCCCGCUGCAACUGCCCCUUGUGUCUGAAGAACUUCAAGGAGCGGCCGGAGCUGAACAAGAACACCGACCUGUCCGCUCUGCUGGACGCGCUGCAGGCCCAGGACAGCAGAGCCCAUGAGCGCUGCCCCUCCUGUACCGGGGCAGGGGCCCUAAGGCUGUGCCUACCCUGCGGGGCCCCACUCUGCCAAGAACACCUGGUGCUGCACCAAGAUCCCACUGGACGCCAGCGCCACCUGCUGGUCAGCCUCAUCACUGCACCCUGGCCCUGCAUGCAGCACGACAGAGGCCUGGAGUAUUUCUGUGUGUCACACAGCUCCCCCUUGUGCCCAGAGUGUGCAGUGCAGCAUGAGGAGUGUCACCCUGUGCAUCUUCUGGAGCUAUACAGGAAGAAGCAGGAGAUUAUGAGGAGGAGGAUCAGUCACCUGGAGGAAAGCAUCACAAGUAAGGAGCACAUCAUCAGCCGCCACAAGGACGCCUACCGGGAGAUUCAGAUACUUAUCUCUGACAUUAAGGAUAACUUGACCCGGGACUUCCGGGAAAUGCGGGACUAUUUGGAGAAGCAGGAGCGGGCUGCGUUCUGGAGGAUGAAGCAGGAGCAGGACAGUGCACAGAGAGAGACAUCACAGCUGGUGCAAAAGCUGAUUGCUGAUCUUGAUGACAUGAAGAGGCAGAAGGCACAACUGGAGGAGCAGCUGGAGUAUGACUGGAUAUCGAUGCUGAAGGAUGUCAAAUCUGAGGAGAUCUUCACAACAUCAGCAUCCCAUAGCCCAUACACCUUUGAUGAGAACCGGAUUGUGGACACCACAGAUGCAGUGACCCAAAUGAAGCGGAGUGUUCUGUCUCACGCACUCCUGGAAUCCACCCCGUGCCCACCCAAACAAGUGCUGGAGGACUCCUUGGAGUUAUCUCCCGGAUCAUCCCAGCCUGGAGAGCAGGAGAUCAGUGCCAGUCUUCAGGUGAAACCCCCCAGCAAACUUCUGCAGUGGGCGACUGUUGUCUCUUUUGACCGUGAUACUGUCAGCUGCCGUCUGUCUCUUUCCUCCGACUUGAAGACUGUGACUGUGGCCGAUAAGAAUUAUUCCUACCCCAAAAACGAGCGCAGGUUCCUCAGCUGUCAGGCUCUGUGCUCUGAAGGUUUGUCCGUAGGGUGCACCUACUGGGAGGUCAGCACCGCAGACAGCAAUGGAUGGGGCAUUGGGGUGGCAGCCUCAGAAAUCGGCAAAAGCCAACAACUCGGAGACAGCGACUUGUCCUGGUGUGUGAAGUGGAACAAGGAGCGUCUGAGCGCUUGGCACAAGAACGAAGAGAUCCGGAUCCCCCUGCCGCAGCCCUCCAUUGUGGGCGUGCUCCUUGACUGCACAGAAAAGCUUCUCUCCUUCUAUUCGGUCUCCCCAGAGACAGAGAUCCUGAUCCACACCUUCAGAGUCCAUUUCCAGACGUGCCUGUUUCCAGCUGUUUGGUUGUAUGGUCUAAACAAAGGGAAGUCGCUGACAAUACGAGACAUCAAGAGAACAAAUGCAUGAGAUGAACGCCGCUGCCCUCGCCAUCACCUCCAGCAUGUGACAUCCUGGACCAAAGACACACAUCUGUUGAUGCACCUUAACCCCCUCAGUCCCCCUAGCUUAAACCCCCUUUAUGACCAGACCACUUUUUACACUUCUGCACUGCACUACUUUCACCGUUUAUUGCUCGGUCAUACAACUUACCACCCAAAUAAUUUUACCU